AUGGUUUCCAUUUAUUUUGGUGAAGAUUCAAAUGCUUUGAAAUCUUUUCUGUACACGGUCAACAAAAUUGUGUCCUUUACAAACGAAAUUCAAAGAGACUUUGCUAAAACUGCAUUUUACCAUGUAAACGGAGAACAGAUUGUCAGAGGUCAGGAAAAUGUCACAGUUCUUGAAAUAGCAAAUACCACAGAGAAAACAUGUGCUAAUUGUCCGGAAAACAGUGGAAAGUACAGCUGCACAAACAAUAUCAUCACCACAAAACUCACCAGUGGUUAUAGAUCAAACCAGGAUAUCCAUAAACCAACUGAACCUCUCGGGGCAACCGUAGGCAAAUGCAGUCACGGAACAUCGGACGAUAAUUCUCGCCAUACCCCGGCAACUGGUGGAAUUUACAAAGGUCGUGUGUUUAGUAAUGGCGCUCCCCAUCACCAUUUACACACACAGGCCUUGGAAGCCGCCACCAGGGCAACACACCAUUUUUUAAUGAACAAAAACACAGGUUUAAUAAAUAUCUUAGGACCACAACUAUUUAAAGAGGUUCUGCAUAUCAAAUCGAAAAAGGAAGUCGUCAAAACAUCUUUGGCUUUCGUUAUUGAUGUUACUGGAUCAAUGAAAAACGAUAUUGAGCAAGUUAAGGAAGGCACCAUAAAGCUUGUUGAAGAGUCCAAAAAUUCAAUCUAUGUUCCAGAAAAGUAUAUCCUUGUCACAUUUAGUGAUCCAGAAAACUUAACAACUGCUCAAGAAACCAAAAACUGGAAUGAAAUGAUUACUAUGCUGGAUAAUCUCACGGUUUACGGAGGUAAAGAUUGCCCAGAAUACGCAAUGUCCGGGAUACUUACAGCAAUUAACAUGUCCAACCCAGGAUCUAAAAUUAUAGUAUGUACUGAUGCUGAUCCCAAAGACACCUGGAGAAAAAAUGAGGUGAUCGAAGGACAGAAAAGAAGCACUGGCUACCAAUUAUUUGAGGAAAUUGCGUCAGAGACCGGGGGUAAGGUAUACAGAACGAAGACUUCACAGUUAGAAGUUUUAGUGGAAAGUGUUGUAAAGGCAACUUUGCCAUCAUCAUUGGUAAAUAUUAAUUGGUUUAUAUGGGCGAAAUCCGAUCCAACAAAUGUAACAUUAGAUGUUGAUAACUCAAUCAGAUCACUUAUAAUCUACAUAUCUGGACCUUUAUCUAGUUCAGAUGUGGCACUGCGAGACUCAACUGAUAAGCUGAUGCCUCUACCUUCUAAUGGAACGACCUUUUCAAUCAAUUCCAAUAUCAUGAAAAUUACCAUUAAGUCACCAACACCUGGGCAUUGGACACUGGAAAGAACUACACAGUCUAGUACAUGGAAUGUGAACGUAACGGCUCAGAGUGAAAUUGAUUUCACUUCAAAUCUCUUAGAAACUGCUGAAGAUGGAAUGUCAUAUCAAGUUUAUACAAAUCCUGUUAUUGGUUUUAAUUAUACACUAGCAGUGGAUGUGCAAAAUUUACCCGAAAAUGCCUCAAUAGAAAAAGCCUUUCUACUACAUAAUACCUGGUCAGUUAUAGAAGUUUUACAUCUCACUAAGAUAUCAUCAGAGGGAAUUACAAGAUUUUCAUCUGCAAUUUCUAUUGACAGGAAGAUAAAUGGUGUCAGAAUACAAGGCUAUGACUGUGCAGGAAAUCCCAUCACAAGAAUUACACGUUUUGAAAUAAGACCAGUUGGUGUCAAGUUGAGAAUAAUCCCCUCCACAAGUGAUUUUGAAGUGAACAAGGAAGGAACUGUUACGUAUGAGCUAACAAAUACUGGCGAUGUGGAGGCAUCAUUUAAAGUCAAUAUAUCUGUGGAUAACGGUUAUCUCACUUCACAAAACAGCAUUAAUAAACACCUGCAAGCCGGUGAAAAUGCUGUUGAGUCGUUUCAUAUAAAUGCAACGCAAAGUGGUUCUACAGUAAAAGUACAGAUUUUUGUUUUACUUGGGAACUCCCCUGAUGUUCUGCAAACAGCUAGAAGAAGGUAUUUUGUAUCUGAUGUACAAAGAUUGCAGUGUUUGGUCACUUACAAAUCUUCAGAUUGUACAGUUGAGUCCUUGACUACCAAAACCUGCGCUGAUUAUAACUGGAAUGGAACUGCAGAAAUCACAUUCUUCCUCAAGAAGCCUACACAGAUAACCACUUCCUACAGUGACAUUAAAGUUGAACAUGAAACUAUAACUAUAGCGAACAAGAAUCUUAGUGUUAAUAUAAGUGGGCCAUGCUGUGUACAGUCAGCUCAACUCAUCGCAUAUGAUAAUGAUGGGUAUGCAGCAAAAUGUGAAUUUAUGUUUUCAAAUGGAACAAUUCAGGCAGUUGAAAUACAGACUACAACGGUACAGAUUUUCAAGUUAACACAAGUUUUGGUGAAAAUGAAUGUGCAAUUUGAGUAA